AUGGAAAGAAUUUUUCAGUUCAAAGGCGUGGACGAUGAAUGGAGUUGCAAAUAUGCAAUUCUAAGGUUGCAUGGUGAAGUUGAAUUGUGGGCAAAGACAUUGACAAAGAUUUCUGUGAUCGAAAAAGAAGUGGAAGAGUAUGAAGCCUCGGCUGUUGACAUGGUUUUGGUGGAAGAAGAAGUCAAGGAGGAAGCAAUUAAUUUCGUUGUUGAAGACGAAAUUGCUGAAGUAAAUAUUGAAGAAACCAAUUUCGUGAUUAGAGAUGAGAAGGAUGAAGUAAUGGAGGAAUUCAUUGAAGAAAUUAAAGAACAAGAUAACUCCAGAGCCGAAAUUGUAAUCGUGGAGGAAAACAAUUUUGUUGAUGCGAACAAAGUUGUUGAGAAGGAGGUGAAUCUGGUUGAACCACGAAAAGAAUUCCAUGAGUCGACAUCUACAUCAGUGUGUUCAAUAGUUGAUGAACAAGCUUAUGAAACCGAGGAGCUGUAG